ACAGUUGCAGAAACGUGCACGACCUCCGUCCACGGGCUACUACUUCCGCUAAACUAUAGCUAGCUCUCCACCGUACCCUCUGCACACAGGCUGCAGCACCCGCCCUUGCUCUACUACCUAAUGUUCGCUUAGACCACUAAAACGACUCUUGUAACAGCUCUAAUUUAGCCGCGCCGGCUGUAAUGGAGACGGAGCAGCAGGAGCUGGAUCUUGAGCUCAGACUCUUCUUCCACACCUCCGCCUCGGCUACGCCGGAGGAGGACGAGUCGCUCGGCUUCUUCCUCUGCACGUACUGCGGCCGCAAGUUCUACAGCUCGCAGGCGCUCGGCGGCCACCAGAACGCCCACAAGUACGAGCGCACCCUCGCCAAGCGCCGCCGGGAGAUCGCCGCCUCCUUGCGCGCGCACGGCGGGGCUGCUUCUGGGACGGCCGCCGCUGUCCAGGUCGUCGAUGUCGACGCCGACGGCGAGAGCCCUGGGGCCGCUGGAGCUGAUUCCGAUGUCGACAAGGCGAGGCCGCUGGGGGCGCACCAAGCUGCUCCAGGGCCUGGGCAGCAGUAUGGCAGCCUGCUGCGCCACGUCGACCGCGCCGGCGAACUGGAUUUGUCACUCAGGCUAUGACUGGCUUCUCCCUGCACCAUAUCAUCACUCAUCAGUGCCUCUUGCAAGUGAUGUUUGAGUUUGUAUGGAAUUUCUUUUGAAAGGGAAAUCUGUCGAUUUUAUUUAUCCGGUGCGCUCAAAUGCAUGUCUUCUCUUUAGCUCUUCUUAAUCCAGAAUUUUUUAAGCAUGCACGCAUAUUCAAUUGAAAUAAUAAUUUUUGGGGGUUUAUUUUAUUUGCUUUAUAUAUGCAGACUUUUUCUAGUGAUUCAAUACUGUGCAUAUUCCAUGUGAGACUUUGCUCACCAGAUGAACAACUGCUAACUCUUGCAAAGUCCAUAUAUAGAGCUCUCUCGCUAGCUCAAUGUGUCGAAAUAUAAAAGUUUAGUAUGUCUAUCGCAUUUUCGCAGCUGAUUCUGG